UCCACUGGGUUCAUCAAUCGUCAUAUCCGGUGUUCAGCGAUUGAAAACACCUUGUUGUAUUCCCUGUAUUAUGGAUGUCAGACAGUUAUACGCCGGAAGCAAAACUCUCUGCGUUUGGCGCAGUCUAGCAGCGGUUUUCCUGGCAACUUGUUUGCUCAUUCCGCAUCCGAGAUGUUUUGCCUGCCCUUCUUCUCGGCAGCCGACAUUCCCCGUACCAAACGAUGGAAUGGCUGUUCCGAGCUCACAGGCUUUAUAUCCCAACGAUGUAAUUUGGGAUGAUGAUAUUGACAUGGGAUACCGUCGCCCUGUCGCUGGAUACCUACAAGAGCGCGAGUAUUGGCCCAAUAACGGAAAGGGAAUUCCGUACGCAUUUACCGGGUUCAGCGUCGAAGAAAAAGAAAUCAUCGAAAAUGCGUUGCGGAUUAUCGAAUGGCGGACAAGUUACUGCAUUACAUUCAAACCGCACGAAAAGGAGCGGGAAUUUAUUUCGUUCCAACGAAAAUCAGCAGAACACAGAGGAAUUGUAUGCGCUUCCAACAUUGGACACAUUCCUGGGAAAGAGACGAGAGUAUGGCUGCAUCCCCAGUGCCUUAAUUCCACAGGCGUAAUUCAGCAUGAAGUGAUGCAUGCGUUGGGAAUAUUUCGCGAGCAUAGCCGUCCCGAUAGGGACAACUACAUCACUGUCUACCCGGAGAGGAUGCAGGCCGGCAUGGAUUCGCGCAAUUACGGCAGGGUGUAAAAGGUGGCAGU